GAGCUCACCGGGAGCCUGCCGCCUCCACACGCUCCGCCCCCUAGCCUGGUGGAGGUGGCGCCUGGGUCCCAGGGCGCUUAGCCAGCUGGCAGCUCCAAGCCGGGGUGUCUGGGGACCUGGGCAGGGGGACCGGGCCAGGAGCAGCCAUGUCUGUGCAGGUGGUGGCCCCUGGAAGCACAGGGCUGGGCCCAGAGCGCCUGAACCCCGAGGAGCUGGUGCGGCAGACGCGGCAGGUAGUACAGGGGCUGGAGGCCCUCCGGGCUGAGCACCAUAGUCUGGCUGGCCGCUUGGAGGACGCCCUGGCUGGACCGGGGCCUGUGGCUGGUGUGGAGCUGCUGGAAGAGAAGCAACAGGUGGUGAACCACUCACUGGAGGCCAUCGAGCUGGGGCUGGGCGAGGCCCAGGUGCUGCUGGCCCUGUCUGCACACGUGGGUGUGUUAGAGGCUGAGAAGCAGAGGCUGCGGGCACAGGCACGGAGGCUAGCCCAGGAGAACACGUGGCUCCGCGAGGAGCUGGAGGAGACGCAGAGGCGCCUGCGGGCCAGUGAGGAGGCUGUGGCCCAGCUGGAGGAGGAGAAGAGCCACCUCCAGUUCCUAGGACAGCUUCGGCAGUAUGACCCACCGGAGGAGAGCCAGAGGCCCGAGUCCCCGCCUCGCCGAGACAGCCUGGCUUCUCUGUUCCCCAGUGAAGAGGAGGAAAGGAAAGGUCCCGAGGCGGCGGGGGCUGCCGCAGCGCAGCAGGGUGGCUAUGAAAUCCCGGCUCGCCUUCGCACCCUGCACAACCUGGUGAUCCAGUACGCCGGCCAGGGCCGCUACGAGGUGGCGGUCCCCCUGUGCCGCCAGGCCCUGGAGGACCUGGAGCGGAGCUCGGGCCACUGCCACCCUGAUGUGGCCACCAUGCUCAACAUCCUGGCCCUCGUGUAUAGGGACCAGAACAAGUACAAAGAGGCCACAGACCUUCUUGAGGACGCCCUGCAGAUCCGGGAGCAGACUCUAGGUCCUGAACACCCCGCGGUGGCUGCCACCCUCAACAACCUGGCUGUGCUCUAUGGAAAACGUGGGCGUUACCGGGAGGCAGAGCCCCUGUGCCAGCGUGCCCUGGAGAUCCGGGAGAAGGUCCUGGGUGCUGACCACCCUGACGUGGCUAAGCAGCUCAACAACCUGGCCUUGUUGUGCCAGAACCAAGGCAAGUUUCAGGACGUGGAGCGGCACUACGCCCGGGCCCUGAGCAUCUAUGAGGCCCUGGGAGGACCACAUGACCCCAACGUGGCCAAGACCAAGAACAAUCUGGCCACAGCCUACCUGAAGCAGAACAAGUACCAGCAGGCAGAGGAGCUGUACAAGGAGAUCCUCAGCCAGGAGGCCCUGCCUGCCCCACUGGGUGAGCUGACCGACCCCCUACUCCCUCCUGCCCACCCUCCUGUGUGGUGUCCAUCAGGCCCACCUUCAUGGCCCUUCUCUCCCACAGGAGCGCCCCCUGCAGGCACAGCCGGCGAAGCACAGCAGCAAGUCCUACGUAGGAGCAGCUCCUUCUCCAAGCUCCGAGAGUCUAUCCGGCGUGGAAGUGAGAAGCUGGUCUCCCGCCUCCGAGGCCAGGGCAUGGCAGGGGCUGCAGGGAUGAAGAGAGCCAUGUCCCUUAAUAUGCUGAACGUGGAUGGUCCCAGGGCGGCCAGUACGCAGCUCUCAACUCGGCACCUGAGUGACGCCCCUCGGACCCUCAGCGCCAGCACGCAGGAUUUGAGCCCGCGCUAAGUGGACCAGCUGCAGUGGCCAGCUUCUCAGGGAAGGGUGGCGGGUGGUCCCCCUGCGCCUUGCCUGCGCUGCACCUGCGGAUCGGGGUCCUGCUAGCCUCCCUGCAAUUAAAGGCUGUACACUGGC